AUGGAUUAUUCGUACUUGAAUCAGGCGGCUGCUGCCGCGGCCGCCGGUUUCGAGGCUUCCAGCUGUGCUCUAGCCGCCAGUGAGAUGCAAUGUGGAUACGGGGACUUGAGCUCAUGCUCGCAAAUGAGCCAGGCCGCCUAUCGGUAUACAGCUGCGAGAGCUGCUGGUUAUCCGGGUAACGCGGGAGCCACGAGUACAGGAAGCACCACGCCGCUGGGGGCCCAUCACACCACCCACUCUCAUGCCCACGCGCACCACGGGGCCCAUACAACCCCCUGCUCGGUAAUGGCCGCCAGAUCUCAAGAGGUCCACCGGCACGCCGCUUCGAUCUUUCCCUCGGCCAUUAAUUUGCAGAGUGGAUUAGGAUACAAAGCCUAUUCAGGGCACGAUGGUUUGGCGGAGAAGAGGAAACAACGUCGGAUACGAACAACCUUUACAUCGGCUCAGCUUAAAGAAUUGGAGCGUGCCUUCCAGGAGACUCAUUAUCCAGAUAUCUACACUAGAGAAGAAAUCGCUAUGAAGAUUGAUCUAACGGAAGCUAGAGUUCAGGUGUGGUUUCAAAAUCGGCGCGCGAAAUUCCGGAAGCAGGAGAGGCUGGCCCAGCAGAAAUCGACGUCCCAGAGCGGGAUAGGCGUGGAAAGCGGGGCCUCGAGCCCCGUGGGUGGAAACGUGAAGGCGGAGGGCCGCUCCCCGAGAAGCCCGGCGACGCCGCCCGCCAACACGAGCGCCGUGAUGUCCGCGAACGAGGUGAAACCGAUCCCUAACCCGAACCUGGUGAGCGUGAAGCACGCCGUGAGCGACGCGUCCGCGGCGGACGGAAACUCGCCGAACACGCGGGGAAGCAACGGGGGUGGUGGGGCAUGGGGCUCGUGUAGCCCCAGGCCCUUCUCAGCGGCGCUACCUCCGUAUCUGUUGGACCCGUUGCCCCUGAAAACUGCGAAUCUCUACUAAUCGUCCCAAACCACCGCACCACUCCAUCCCAGCGAAAUACAAAUGUAAAUAUAGGGAGAAAUACGUCGGUAUGGAAAAUGUUGCGAAUGCUGUUCAGGCUCUCGUUCCAUCGCGAGGUCGGUUUUUGCGGUUUGUCAAAUUCUGCUUCCUUCGACUUUAAGUUUAAGAAUUCUUUAUUUUUUUCUUUUUCUUUUUUUUUUUUUUUUAGAUAUUUGGAUAAGAUUUUUUUAGAUAUUUGGUAAGAUUUAUCUUAGAAUAAUACGUAUAUUGUAUUCGUUCCGUCGUCUCUUCUUUUUCUGUUUCAUUUUAUUUUUCUGUAUUUUUAUUUUUUCAGCGGUUACACCGAAUAAAUGUGUUCCUCGUCGCUUUAACACGCCUAAAUUUCGGUUUAAAUCGGGUAAGUUUUAUUUUUAUUCUUUUUUUCUUCUUCUUUUUUUUUUUCUUUUUGGAGGUGGAAAAGGAAAGUGUGUUUUUUACGUAACGUUUUAAUAAUGUAAAUAAUACGAAUAAUAAUAAUAAUAAUAAUAAUAAUAAUAAUAAUAAUAAUAAUAAUAAUAA